GCAAGGGAAGUGUUUCUGGGAGUUGUAGGCCAAGCGGGACCUCAGAGCCACGGGCGCAGAAAGCAAAGGGGGCAGUGCAUUUCGGGGGCAGCAGAAAGCACAAUACAAAUGUUUCUCGGAGUCGUAAGCUAAGCGGAACCCCGGAGCCACUGGCUCAUCCAGCGGAGCUGCUUCAUGGGAUGCUGGGAGCUGUAGGUAAGGAAGUCCCAAGACCUUGUGGGAGUGGUAGUCUCGGAGUAGUCACUUCCGUGCCAGGCUUCCGCGUGGUGGGCAGUGUGGACGUCCCAGCACUGCGUUCUGCCCGGGAGAAGCCGACGCCUCCCGCAAUGCCCGCCCCACCGUGUACCUCCUGCCACGCGGCACGCGCUGCCCUCCGCCGUCCUCGCUCCGGCCAAGCGUUGUGCGGUGCCUGCUUCUGCACAGCCUUUGAGGCCGAGGUGCUGCACACGGUGCUCGCGGGCCGCCUGCUGCCGCCUGGUGCAGUGGUGGCUGUGGGCGCCUCGGGCGGCAAGGACUCCACGGUGCUGGCACACGUGCUGCGCGAGCUGGCGCCGCGCCUGGGCAUCUCACUGCAGCUCGUGGCCGUCGACGAGGGCAUCGGCGGCUACCGGGACGCGGCGCUGGCGGCCGUGCGGCGCCAGGCGGCGCGCUGGGAGCUGCCGCUCACCGUCGUGGCCUACGAAGACCUCUUCGGGGGCUGGACAAUGGAUGCGGUGGCCCGCAGCACAGCUGGGUCCGGCCGCAGCCGCUCCUGCUGCACCUUCUGCGGGGUGCUGCGUCGCCGGGCGCUGGAGGAAGGGGCACGCCGCGUGGGAGCCACGCACAUCGUGACGGGUCACAACGCAGACGACAUGGCGGAGACCGUGCUCAUGAACUUCCUGCGGGGCGACGCGGGGCGGCUGGCCCGGGGCGGGGGCCUGGGCUCCCCGGGUGAGGGGAGCGCCCUGCCGCGCUGCCGCCCGCUGCAGCUGGCCUCGCAGAAGGAGGUGGUGCUGUACGCGCACUUCCGCCGCCUCGACUACUUCUCCGAGGAGUGCGUCUACGCGCCCGAGGCCUUCCGCGGCCACGCCCGGGACCUGCUCAAGCGCCUGGAGGCGGCGCGGCCGUCGGCGGUGCUGGACCUCGUGCACUCCGCCGAGCGCCUGGCGCUGGCCGCGUCCGCUCGGCCCCCGCGCCCCGGCGCCUGCUCCCGCUGCGGGGCUCUGGCCAGCCGCGCGCUCUGCCAGGCCUGCGCGCUCCUGGACGGCCUGAACCGCGGCCGGCCCCGCCUGGCCAUCGGCAAGGGCCGCCGGGGGCUGGACGAGGAGGCGACGCCGGGGACGCCCGGGGACCCGGCCCAGACCCCCACCCCCAAGGCCGUCCCCACCUUCUAGCGACUCCCGGGGCCUCCCGCCGGGAUCUGACAUCCCCCAGGAUGGGGACUGCCUGUAAAUGACAACUGCGAAUAAACCCCCGUUACCUUGCCCGGCCUUCCAUGUGAGGUUGGCAGGGGGACGAGGCCCUGGUGACCUGAAAUCCUGAAGAAACUGGGACCCCAGACUUCGGGGUCUCAGGGAGGAAGGGUCUCACGCUGGCUUUCUGGCUCUGAGGGCGGCGGGGACUGGGGGCUCAUCCUAGGUCUGAGAGAGGAGGGCUAGGCCCAGAGGAAGUGGGCUGGGGUCCUCAGGCAUCUGCACCUGAGGAAGGAGGGCCUGGGGUCGCGGACUCCUGGGUCUCACGGGAGGGGGCUGAACCCGUGAUUCCUGAGCCAGUGGGGAUAGGUUGGGGACCACCUGUCUCCUGGCUCGUUCUGGGCGCGAUCAGCGUGAUCCUGACCCUCCUUGAAAACCAGAUUCCUGAUGCUUCCUGUUUGCCCGCAGUGGGGUAAGCAGAGUGACAUGAAUUGAUGGACACACGCCAUUCACAGCCCCCGUCACGCUGCCUCCCUUACGGCGCUUCGUCUGCAGCACGCGCUGCACCCUCUCAUUUGGUCUCCACCACGGCCUCACUGGCUUGUAGCCUGAGGUGGCAAAUGGCCCUAAGACACCCAGCCGGAAGGGGUCAAAUCGAGGGCUCCCUCCAGAGCUCUCAAAGAUGGAAGGUCGUGGAAUGGGCCGUCCCCCACCCAUCCCCUCCGGAAUCCCUCCUGGUAUCUCUGUCAUGGGUGAGGAGGGGUUUGGGUGGGCUCCCAAACCUUGGACUCCGGAGGCAGGAUUGUGUGAGCCUAUGUCAGUGACUUAGCCUCUGAGCUUUCAUUUCUCUAAAAAUGGAGUCAGUCCCCUCCCCCGCCCCAAUUAAGGCACCACUGGGAGGAAAUGGAAGAUCGGAGAAGGUGCUGAAUAAAUGGUGAGUGCUUAGA